AAAUUUAUUAGUAACAUUUUAGGGGCUUUUUUAUUCAAAAAUAAAAAAAAUCAAAAAGAAUGAGACGAAGAAGUUCAGAAGUUUUGCCGAACCCAAGUCUUGUUAAUGCCUCAAAUACAAAGAAGAUAGUUUAUGCAACUCAUUUCACUGUUUUUUUGUAUGCAACAUGUUAUUGGAUACAAAUAGGGGUUAUGCCCUACCUUACGAGAAAACUUGGUGCUAACACAACAAUGUUUGGGUAUCUGCAAUCAGUGUUUGCUUUUGUGCAGCUGUGUGGGGGACCAUUUUUUGGUCGCUUUGGAGAUUUGUUUGGUGGCAAGUAUGCAUUAUUGCUUGCUGCUUUCUCUUCAGUAUCUACAUAUGGUUUAAUGUCUAUUGCAUCAUCUGUCCCGUUGCUAUUUUUGUCUCGUUUGGUUUCUGUAGCUAUGCAUACUCUGCAAGGAUCACAAAUGGUUAUCACUUCUAUUACUACUGAUGAAGAAAGAGCAGCUGGUAUUGGUCGACUGGGAAUUUCUUAUGGUAUAGGAAUGGUUGUUGGACCCCUAUUAGGUGGUUUCUUAACUGAUAAAUUUAGUGAACAAGCAGCUGCUUUUGCAGCCAUGAUUGGAUCUGCAGCCAUGGUAGUUGUUGUUUUUAUAUUUGUACCAAAGCAUUUUAAAGAGUGCACUGAAAAAAGCAGAAAAAAGAGUGUUUCGAAUGAUUCUGUUUUUGAUAUGAAAAAAUACAUAAGUAUCUUCCAACUGCCCAACUUCACUUACCUGUUUGUCAUAAAAACUAUUUCCAGUUUUCCUAUUGGUGUUUUUCAAGCCAUGUUUUCUGUUUUUACAAUGGAUUAUUUUCAUUUGAGUGCUAAAGAAAAUGGAAUUGUGCUUUCUUAUGUUGGGAUUACUGGCAUGAUAGUUCAAGGUUUAUGCACAGAUUUUCUCACAAGACGUUUUUCAGAGUCAAUGCUUAUUAAGUAUUCUGUUGCUGUUCUUGCGGCAAGUAACUUUUUAUUGAUUUUUGUUACAAAUAUUUAUGCUUUUGUUAUUGUUUUGGUUCCCUUAAUCACUAGCGGAUCUGUUUUUACAGUAAUAAUUACAAGCCUAGUAACGAAGUCGGUUUCAUCCCAAGAUACCGGUGCUGCUCUUGGUCUUUCCAUGGCUUCAAACUCUUUUAUACGCACUGUUACUCCUAUGAUUGGUGGAGUGUUGUAUAGCUUGUUUGGGUUUCCAUUGUUUGGUCUGCUAGGUCUCUUUGUUAAUGGCUUACUGACAUUUUAUUUAUUUUUUUAUGGUCGAAAUUCGUUUGUAAAUGAGGAGAAAAAUUAAGCGUUGAAUUAUGCCAUUAAACUAUUUAUUUAGUAUUAACAACUUUUUUGUACUUUUUAUCUUUGUAGAACAGAAAUAUCUGGUCUGCAUUAUUGCUGAUCGUUUU